AUGGAUGCCAGCAUUCUCACUCCGAAGGCAGCAGCCAUGUCAACAGAGGGCAUUCCUGGCCAACAACAACGCACAAUACCUGCUGCGGUGGGCGACUCUUCAUUUUCAAUGGAUACAAGGAUUCAUAGAGAGCCAAGGCCGCAGUCGGUGUACGCAGAACCGCUUACCAAUGGCCAUGUACGAGACCAGCUAGCAAGUCCCUCCAAGUCUCGAAAUGACACACGACCACCACCCAGUCGAGGGCAUAAGAGGAGCGUGACGGGUGAGAUAAAACCGGUUGUGUACGAGAGUCCAAGCCGGACACUGCCGUCCAAUGAAUUUAGGGCUCACUCGCGAACGACAAGUCUGGACUCCACGGGGAACAGAAUUGCAGAGUUAUCUGCCCAGCUCCGAGCUCGUCUAUCGUAUGCCGCGGCCAAGAUAGAACAAAGUCGGCAAUUGCGGCCGCAAGGAGAGAACAUUUCGCAGAGAAAUAUACCUGGCGUGCAGAGUACAAGACAAUCGGUCCAAGAACUCCGUCAACCGUAUAGCGACUCCUUAGGACUGGCACACAAUCAUGUCAUCAGCUCGGGUAUGAACGGCGGUACUGGCCAAGCUGGUGCAAACGCCGGACCGCAGUCAUUGUCCCUAUCGCAAACUCCCAAGCUUGCAUCACCAGUUGAUAUUGUCACAGGGGAUAGAUUGAAGACUGUGCGGCGACGACCCAACCCCAAUGAAGCCGAUGGUUCUACUUCUCAUGCUUCAACGCCCCGACACCGUCGUUAUCAUUCGGAACAAGAAGGAAGGACCGUUCUUACUGCUGGAUCUAGACUGGCCGGUACGGUCGAUGCAAGUCCAUUGCGUCCCAAGAUUAAUCUCCAAGCUUCUACUCCUUCGUUAGCAAGUAAUCGGUCUUCUUUAAAGCGAAGAACACCAUCUCAGAACGCACUUAUGGAAAAGGAUGCCAUUGAAACGCUUCUAUUCAUGUCGAGCCCGGAGAAUUCCGGCUACCAUUCCAGCUCUCGAGCAAGAAAGUCUAGUAUGAAUGUCAGCAUUGAAGCUCAGAUGGCCAUCAAUGCGCAUAACUCAUCACAAGGGAGCAGUACAUCUGGGACUAGGCAAAUGGCACCAUUCAAUUUUCUUGAGAACGACGUAAUACGGACCGCAGUUCCUGUCCCAGUGGCUGGCCAUGGUCCUGUUGACUUGGAAGCACAGGCAGGCGAUGAGAUUGACCGACUCUUAGACCAAAUGGAAGUCGACAGAGGUCGCGAUGUCGGGUUGAUGUCUUAUGACUUCGGUAUUAACGGCGGUGAUCAGUCUCAAUUUUAUCAAUCCAGCAGUACCAACAGAUGA